AUCUGUAUUUUAAACCCCUGUAAGUUAUUAGCCCACGUUGACUAUUUUUAAUAAUAAAGCAUUUGUUUUUUGAGUGAGCUGCUCUGGAGUGUUUUUCUUUUUGUUAUUUGGCUUUUUGGACGACUAUACUGGGCUCUCACUAACUUUUACCAGGACUCUGACCCCUCACCUUAACCCGGAAGUACCUCAUUUGAGAUCAACAGCUUGGAGUCCUGAAGAAGGAUUCAGCCGACUGGAGAAGUGCAAAGUGCAGGUUCCCUGGACUAGGUGAAUCGUCUCUGGCACCUUCUGAUACAUAUUUGGAUAUAUUAUGAUUUAUAGGAAGGUGCAAACACAGAUCUUUUGUACUUUGAGACCAUGAAGCUUUUCCUUUUGUGUCUUGCUGUGGGCUGUUUAUCAGCAGAUCAUGGAGAUCAUGGAACACAACAUCAUGAUACUGACAACAAAAGGGAAAUCUCGCUCCUCUUACAAAAUACCAAUGGGAUCCUAGAGAGCUUAAAUGAAAUUCUGUCAGGAAUACCUCACUUUGUAUCAUCUUUGGUGAACAAACUACAUCCUGAUACUUCUCAAGCGACCCCUGAAUUUAGAACACAAGCCUGUGAUUGUGACUAUCACCCUGGAGGGUGCACCAUUAGCCACGUACCCCCUGCCGGCAAGGCCUGCCAUUGUACAUACAAAGGAGCCUGGACAUGCGGUGGAGAAGUUAGAGAUUGUGCACAACAUGAUGCUCAUUUUUGCAAAAACCCAGACUACAACCUGCAAACCUGUCUGCAGGGGGGUGGGGACUGUGAUGCCUACCCUGAGAGAUGUGACUGCAACUAUCACCCUGGAGGCUGCAGAAUUGCUGUGACAUCCCCCUCAAAUACUGCCUGUAAAUGUAUCUACAAGGGAGCCUGGACGUGUGGAGCCAAAAUUGUGAGAUGCAAAGAUCCCAACAAUGAGAAAUGCAAAAAUCCUGAUUCGUCGAAAGAGUCUUGUUUGCAAGGAGGCGGCGACUGUGACGCAUAUUAAUCAAACGACUAAAGCUUGGAUGUGAAAAUCAUUUAAACGUUUCCAUGUUAAAAAAUAAUUCAUUCAAUCAUUUAAUAAAGUAAUUCACAAAACUGUAA